AUGGCGUCCUCUGAGGUUGAAAUGUCCUCAUGCCAGACUUUUAAUUGCGUACUGAGCCCUCACGAGAGAUGCAUCCGUGGAGACAACAACAAGAAGAACAAGAACAAGAACAAUGUCCGAAACAUACACGUGGCCUUCGAGAAGAAUCUCAAAGUUUUUGUCAGAGAUCCUCUCGAAAACUGCACCGUCGUCUCCGGUGAGAAUUGUCACGACAACUCCACCAAAUCGGUUCCGGAAUGUUCUUCCAACAGCAAAUCCUCUCUCUCAGAUCAUCGGCUCCCGAAAACAGACGAAGCUCCCUCGUCGUCUCCUCUAGGAUCCGACCCGGAUCCAAAUUUUAACAAUCCGGGUCAACCCGAUAAGAGAAAAGAAACCAGGGCGGCUUCUUGUCUGGUUCAGAUAUGGGAGGCGAGGACAACGCAGCACCCUAACCAAAACCAAUCCCUAAUCGAUAGCAGAACGAGUUCCGGAUCAAUCGUUUUAGAGUACUCCGAGUCUCUCAACGAACCCGAAUUGAUUCAAACGAUCGAAGAAGGAAACAAUGAAGAGGAGGAAGAGGAAGAGAAGAUGGAAUGUGAAACACAACUCGUUCCUCCGCAACCAGAUGCUUCUGGAGAGAAAGAAAGAGAAGGGGUAAGAGUUAUGGAUAUCAUCCGGAAACUAAGCACCGACUCAGAAACAACGGCUAAUCACGAGAACGGAAGCAGCAGCAACGACAAUGCCAAAGAUAUUCAGACGACAGAAGCGAGAAGUUUUCCUCAAGUUGCGUGUUCCCCAAGAAUAAGAGGGAGACAAGCUUUUGCGGAUUUAUUGGUGCAGAUGACUCGUGAUCGAGAAAAGGAAUUGGCUUCUUUAUCAGAACGACACAGUGUCUCCAAGUUCACGCAUCGAGGACGGAUUCAGUCGACGCUUAGGAUUCGGUGCUACGAAAGGUGCAUUGCGAUUCAAGAUAGACAUCGGUCUAAAACAUCUGAUUUAAACCGGUCUCCACGAGGGUCUGGUGUGAUGCAUCUUCUCAGGGAGAAAUAUAAGACAAACUCUGAAAACAUUGAGAGUGGAGUUUUGUCUAUCUCUCGGGGUCGGAGUCUGGAUAAAGACGCUCCCAAGGUUGCAGAGAAGAAGGUUUUGCAGGAAACAAUGGAGAAGAAGAGUGAUAUUAAGGAGAUUCAAGAGGUGGUCUCUGCGGUGGAGACCGUGAAGAAAGCUGUAUUGAGUGAAAGUACAGAGAACAAGAUUGGCUUCAAGAAAUCUUCAGGAGAAACUAUUCAGAAGGAGACUGGGGAACGGAGAGGCCAGAAGCAAGAAACAAACGUUAAAGCUAUUGCUAAGGAAACAGUGAAGAAAGCUGUUUUCAGUGAGAAUGCAGAGAACAAGAAACCAGCAGGAGAAACCAUUCAGAAAGAAAGCAGAGAAGGGAGAGGCGAGAAGCGAGAGAUGAAGGAGAAAGAAAGUGUUCAAGGGAAGGCUUUGAUGGGAAUAGCUGAGAAGGUGAAUCUAUGGAACUCAGAGGAGAAGAUCAACAGGAGAAAAGGCAAAGCUAAAACUGAGAGAGUUGAGAAGAAUAUUGAAGUGUUGGAAGAAGCUGCAAGAAGAAUCAUCAAUGUGGAAAGUGCGGAGAGAAGCAUUGCUACUUCAAAGGAAACGAUCAAGCGGUGCGAGUUUGCAGAGGAAGUAGUGAGAAGGACGAAAAAGGAAGACCCUGUCUCUGUAGAGACUAAGUCCAAAGAGACUGUGGAUAGAAACAUCAAUCCUCAACAAGUUAAUGCACAAGCAGAGGAAAAGGUUUUGCAGGAGACAAGAGCUAAUAUUGAAGCUAGAGACAACAAGAAUGGUUUGAGAAAACCUAAUGAGGAGGAAAGUGUAGAUGAAAACAGUAUGAUGGGAAUAGCUGAGAAGGUGAACAUGUGGAACUCCAAGGAGAGAAGGAAUAGGAGAAACUCUAUUGAUAGAGGCAAAGCGAAUGCCAAAACAAACCAAGUCUUGCAAGAAGCUUCAAGAAGAAUCACUAAUGUCGAAACCGCGGAGAGAAGCAUCACUACUUCAAAGGAAAAUGUGGAGAGAGUAGUUGGAAACAAAGAAACUAAGCAGUGCGAGUCUGAAGAUAAAGGAAGAAGAAAGAAAGAGGAAGAUCUUGGUGUUUUAGAAGCUAAGUCCAAAGAGAUCAUUGAGGUGAAAAACAUGAUUCCUCAAGAAGUUUCGAGUCAUGAUGGCUCUAGAGAGAGGGCUAAAGAGAUUAUAAACUCUUCACAACACGGUGAAGUGAUUUCGGUUCUGCGAAAUCCAGAAGCUAAGUCUACUAAAGAGAUUGAGAGAAACGAUGUUCGAGAAAUUGUAAUAGAAGAAGCAUCUGCAAGUGACGGCUCUAGAGUGAGGGCUAAAGAAUCUGAGGAUGAAGUAACAAAGGAGGUAGAUCUCGAAGAAAAUGUGCAAGAAACAGCAAUAGAGCAUUUCAGUGUUUGGGAAGAAAAUGAAGUAGAAGAAGAAGAAGACGAAUAUGGAGAUUAUGAUCAUUACAGUGGAGACUAUAGUUAUGACUGGGUUAAUGAUAUUUCGCGGCCUCGAAGUUACUGGGAAGAUUUGAGGAAAGAAAGGUAUCUCGAGGUUCUCAACGCUGAAUCAGAGAAAAAAGACAUUUGCAACCUCAUUCAGAGACGAACAGUUUCCGACUUUUUGACGAGCGAUUUGCGGCAAAAGAUUGAUAACUUGAUGAUCAGUCGAGUGCAAAAUCACAUACGCGUACCAGUCAAUCAAGAAGAAGGAGAUGAAGAUGAAGAAGAAGAAGAAUGGGAGGAAGAGUGUUCACCAAGGAACCAAGAAGAUAAUGAAACAGAGGAAGAACCAGAGAAGACAAAUCUCGAAGAUGCAAGCGACAAUUUCAGCCAAUCAUCAGUAAGGAGUAGUACGUUGAUGAUGUCGUGGAGUUUCAGGGAUCACGACAUUGACAAGGAUCAGGAACCGACGACUUCUUUGUCUCUUCCUGAGCCUCCAGUACCCACAAAUCAACCUACGCAGGAAAUGCAGAUGAUAAGUGAUCUCAGGGGACAAAUGGAGCAAAUGCAACGAGAAAUGCUCGAAUUACGAAAUACUGUUAAAUCGUGCAUCGAUAUGCAACUUCACUUCCAGAAAUCUGUAGUACAAGAUUUUUCUCGCUCUGGCUCAUCUGCAGAACAACGUGUAGAAACGAAGAAAGAUCCAUUGCAGCGCAAGUGCUGCGUUUGCUUAGAGAUGCCAGUUGACUCGCUCUUGUAUAGGUGUGGACAUAUGUGUACGUGCCUGAAAUGUGCUCAUGAAUUGCAAUGGAGUAGUAAGAAAUGUCCGAUCUGUAUGGCUCCAAUUGUCGACGUUGUGAGGGCUUUUCUUGAUUUUUAG